GAGUCUAUCAGGGAGGCAGACGCCAGCAGGCAGGAUGACAGACUCCAGAAGCCCUCCCUGAACAAAGACUGGGUGGGAGGCGGCCUGGUGUGUCCCCACCCCGCCUCCCCCGGCGACUGCUGAGCCGCGACCACAGACAGAGAGGCGGAGCGAGCAUGGCGGGGCCCAGGGCCGCCGUGCUGCCCCUCGUCCUGCAGCUCACCAGCCUGGCCCAGGUCUCGGUGACCGGCGGAGGUGGGGUCAUCCUCAGGGAGCCCCCUCAGCUUGCGGACAUCCACCACUCCGGGCAGCAGGAGCCAGCCCAUCCCUUAGCCCCUGCUGGGGCCCCCCAGGAGCAGGGGCGCCCCCUGGAGGAACGGCUGGGAAGGCUGGAGGUCCAAAUGAUAGCGCUCAGAGAGCAGAACAAGGAGCUGGAGGCCAGGGUGAGGCAGCUGGAGUCUUGUGAAUGCCGACCGGCUUCUGCUCAGUGCUGGGGACUGGGGCGGGCCUGGCCCGAGGGCGCUCGCUGGGAGCCCGAGCCCUGCACAGCCUGUGUCUGCCGGGAGGGGGCUGCGCACUGUGAGCCCAAGCCCGGGCUGCCCCGUUGCCGUGGCUGCAGCCACAAUGGUCAGGCCUAUCGCAAUGGCGAGACCUUCUCCCCGGACGCCUGCACCACCUGCCACUGCCUGGAAGGAGCAAUAACCUGUACCCAGAAGCCAUGCCCAAGGGGACCCUGCCCAGAGCCAGGAGCAUGCUGUCCGGACUGUGAGCCAGGCUGCCCUGGAGGCCACAGGGCUGGGGAAACGUGGCAUCCAGAGCCCUGUGUCAUCUGCACCUGCCAGGCUGGGACCGUGCGGUGCCAGGGACCCUCAUGCUCGGAGCUCAACUGCCUGGAGAGCUACACCCCUCCCGGGGAGUGCUGCCCCGUGUGCCGGCCAGGCUGUGAAUAUGAGGGCCACUCCUACGAAGAGGGGGCCAGCUUCCUGUCCAGCUCCAACCCUUGUCUCCAGUGCUCCUGCCUGAGCGGCCUGGUUCGCUGCAUGCCCGUGAGGUGUCCGCCCAGCCCCUGCCCUGAGCCGGUUCCCAGGCCCGGGCGCUGCUGCCCAACCUGCCAAGGCUGCACUGAAGGUGGCUCUCACUGGGAGCACGGCCAAGAGUGGACUGCCCCUGGGGACCCCUGCCGGAUCUGCCAGUGCCUGGAGGGCCACAUUCAGUGCCGCCAGCGAGAGUGUGCCAGCCUGUGCCCAUACCCUGCGCGGCCCCUGCCAGGCACCUGCUGCCCACUGUGCGAUGGCUGUUUCCUAAAUGGGCAGGAGUACCGCCGUGGAGAGCUGGUGGACUCUGGAGACCCCUGCUCGCACUGCCGUUGCGCUAACGGGAGCGUCCAGUGCGAGCCUCUGCCCUGCCCUCCUGUGCCCUGCAGACACCCAGGCAGGAUCCCUGGGCAGUGCUGCCCAGUGUGUGACGGCUGUGAGUACCAGGGACACCAGUAUCAGAGUGAGGAGACCUUUCGACUCCAAGAGAGUGGGCUCUGUAUCCGCUGCUCCUGCCAGGCCGGCGAGGUCUCCUGUGAGGAGCAGGAGUGCCCGGUUGCCCCCUGCGCACUGCCUGCCUCUGGCCCCCAACUCUGCCCAGGUAUGUGUGGGGAGGGGGCGAGGGAGGAAAAGCUUCAAAGGAGGUCUGCUUCCAGCCGCCACAGAUGGAAGGGGGGGAUUGCCGGGGCCACCUCCCAUUCUGGUGUGGGUUCAGAGACCACCGUGGGGAUGGCAAAGCCAGGUUCCUGUGGUCUGGGAAGGUCAGGGAUGGCUGGAGGUGUCCCAGUUGCCCCGGUGACAGCCCCCCCCCACUCCACUGUAGCUUGUGUGCUUGAUGGAGAGGAGUUUGCCGAGGGGGUCCAGUGGGAGCCUGAUGGUCAGCCUUGCACGGCCUGCUCCUGUCAUGAUGGCGUGCCCAUGUGUGGAGCGGUGCUCUGCUCCCCAGCCCCCUGCCAGCACCCUACCCAGCCCCCUGGUUCUUGCUGCCCUGGCUGUGAGCGCUGCACCUACCAUGGCCAAGUGUAUGCCAACGGGCAAAACUUCACAGACGCAGAGAGCCCUUGCCACACCUGCCGCUGCGAGGAGGGGACUGUGAGGUGCUCCUUGGUUGACUGCCCUCCCACAACUUGUGCCAGGCCCCAGAGUGGACCCGGCCAGUGCUGUCCCAGGUGCCCAGACUGCAUCCUGGAGGAACAAGUAUUUGUGGACGGAGAGAGCUUCUCCCACCCCCGGGACCCCUGCCAAGAGUGCCAGUGUCGGGAAGGCCAUGCCCGUUGCCAGCCUCGGACCUGCCCCCCUGCCCCCUGUGCCCACCCACUGCCUGGUUCCUGCUGCCAGAGCAACUGCAACGGCUGUGCCUUUGGUGGGAAAGAGUACCCCAAUGGAGCCGUCUUCCCCCACCCCUCUGACCCCUGCCGGCAGUGUCGCUGUCUGGGCGGCAGUGUGCAGUGCCUCGCCCGCCACUGCCCACCGCUGCCCUGUCCAGAGCCGGUCCUGCUGCCCGACGAGUGCUGCCCCCAGUGCCCCGCCGCCUCCUCAGGCUGCCCGCGGCGGGGGGGCGGGGUCCCUGCCCGCCACCUGGAGCAUUUCUCCCUGCCCGAAGACCCCUGCCACCGCUGCCUCUGCCUCGACGGCUCCGUGUCCUGCCAGCGGCUGCCCUGCCCACCUGUGCCCUGCGCCCACCCGCGCCAGGGACCCUGCUGCCCCUCCUGCGAUGGCUGCCUAUACCAGGGGAAGGAGUUUGCCAGCGGGGAGCGCUUCCCCUCACCCAGCGCCGCAUGCCACGUCUGCCUCUGCUGGGAGGGCAGCGUCCGCUGUGAACCCAGGGCCUGUGCCCCUGCUCAGUGCCCCUUUCCUGCCAGGGGUGACUGCUGCCCUGUCUGUGAAGGCUGUGAGUAUCUGGGGGAGACCUACCUGAGCAGCCAGGAGUUCCCAGAUCCCCGAGAGCCCUGCAAUCUGUGUACUUGCCUCGGAGGCUUCGUGACAUGUGGCCGCCGGCCCUGCGAGCCCCUAGGCUGCAGCCACCCACUCACUCCGGCUGGACACUGCUGCCCGACCUGCCAGGGAUGCCUCUAUCAUGGAGUCACUGCAGCCCAUGGAGAGACCCUUCCUGACCCGCUUGACCCCGGCUGCUCCCUCUGCACCUGCCAGGAAGGUUCUGUGCAGUGCCAGAAGAAGCCCUGCCCUCCAGCUCUCUGCCCCCAUCCCUCUCCAGGACCCUGCUUCUGCCCUGUUUGCCACAGCUGUUUCUCCCAGGGCCAGGAGCACCAGGACGGGGAAGAGUUCGGGGGGCCCCCAGGCAGCUGUGAGUGGUGUCGGUGUCAGGCUGGCUGGGUCAGCUGUGCGCGGCUGCCGUGCCCUCCUCUGUCCUGCCCGCUCCAGGUCACGGAGCCGGGUAGCUGCUGCCCUCGCUGCAGAGGCUGCCUGGCUGGUGGGGAGGAGCACCCUGAAGGCAGUAGCUGGGUGGACCCCCAGAGCCCCUGCUCCUCCUGCAUGUGUCAUGAUGGCGUCGUGACCUGUGCCCGCCUCCAGUGUGUCAGCUCCUGUGCCCGGCCCCACCAAGGGCUCAAUGACUGCUGCCCUCGAUGCUCUGACUGUGAGCAUGAGGGCCGCAAGUAUGAACCAGGGGAGAGCUUCCAGCCUGGGGCAGACCCCUGUGAAGUGUGCAUCUGUGAGCUGCAGCCUGAGGGACCCCCCAGCAUUCAGUGUCAUCGACGGCAGUGUCCCAGCCUGGUGGGCUGUCCCACCAGCCAGCUCCUGCCCCCUGGGCCCCAGCACUGCUGCCCCACCUGUGCCCAGGCACUGAGUAACUGCACAGAAGGCCUGCUGGGCUCUGAGUUGGCCCCGCCUGACCCUUGCUACACCUGCCAGUGCCAGGACCUGACAUGGCUCUGCGUUCACCGGGCCUGUCCCGAGCUCAGUUGUCCCCUGUCAGAGCGCCAUACACCCCUUGGGAGCUGCUGCCCCAUGUGCCAAGAGUGUGUGGUGGAGGCUGAGGGCCAGAGAGUGGCAGAUGGAGAGAGUUGGCAGGACCCCAGCAACCCGUGCAUUACGUGCACCUGCCACGGGGGCCACGUGGAGUGCGACCUGGAGGAGUGCCCGGCCCUCUCCUGCCCGCAGGGCUGGGCGAAGGUAACAGAGGCCGGCCGCUGCUGUGAGCGAUGCCAAGCCCCCGCCCAGUCGUGCGCGCACCAGGGCCGGGCUGUGGCCUCCGGGGAGCGCUGGGCCGUGGACGUUUGCACUACCUGCUCGUGCGUGGCCGGCACGGUGCGCUGCCAGAGCCAACGCUGCCCGCCGCUGUCCUGUGGCCCCGACGAGGCCCCCGCCCUGAGUCCCGGCAGCUGCUGCCCCCGCUGCCUGCCUCGACCUGCCUCCUGCAUGGCCUUCGGAGACCCUCAUUACCGCACCUUCGACGGCCGCCUGCUGCACUUCCAGGGCAGCUGCAGCUACGUGCUGGCCAAGGACUGCCGCGGUGGGGACUUCAGCGUGCACGUGACCAACACCAACCGGGGCCGGAGGGGUGUGGCCUGGACCCAGGAGGUGGCGGUGCAGCUCCGAGACGUGGCUGUGGGGCUGCUGCAGGGUGGAGUGGUCACGGUGGACGGGCGCCCCGUGGCCUUGCCCUUCCUGCAGGAGCCGCUGCUGUACGUGGAGCUGCAGAGACGCGCGGUGAUCCUGCACGCCCAGCCGGGGCUCCAGGUGCUGUGGGACGGGCAGUCUCAGGUGGAGGUGAGCGUACCGGGCUCCUACCGGGGCCAGAUGUGCGGGCUCUGUGGGAACUUCAAUGGCUUUGCCCAGGAUGACCUGCAGGGCCCUGAGGGGCUGCUCCUGCCUACAGAGGCUGCCUUUGGGAAUAGCUGGCAGGUCCCAGAAGGACCGGGACCUAGCCGGCCAUGUUUCAAGGGCCGCGAGGUGGAUCCGUGCAAGGCAUCAGGUUACCGGGCCAGGCGUGAGGCCAACGCCCGGUGUGGGGUGCUGAAGUCCUCCCCAUUCAGUCGCUGCCACGCUGUUGUGCCACCGGAGCCCUUUUUCGCCGCCUGCGUGUAUGACCUAUGUGCCUGUGGCCCCGGCUCUUCGGCCGAUGCCUGCCUCUGUGAUGCCCUGGAGGCCUACGCCAGCCACUGCCGCCAGGCAGGGGUGACGCCUGCGUGGAGGGGCCCCACACUCUGUGUGGUGGGCUGUCCCCUGGACCGUGGCUUCGUGUUCGAUGAGUGUGGCCCACCUUGUCCCCGUACCUGCUUCAACCAGCACGUUCCCCUGGGAGAGCUGGCAGCCCACUGCGUGAGGCCCUGCGUUCCUGGCUGCCAGUGCCCUGCGGGCCUGGUGGAGCACGAGGCCCACUGUAUCUCACCCGAGGCCUGCCCCCCUGUCCAGCUCACUGGGGACCAGCCCCCCAGACCUCUGCCCAGCCCUGGCCAGUAGCCCCAGGGGUCACCCGGAGCCAGGAUGACACCAGGACUCAUCAGGUCAAAAGCCUCCCCUUGGAGAAUGGCUCCCAUCAUGGCCAGAGCCGUGGACAGAGGGCUCCAUCCAGGCCCCAGGAGCCUGGGCCUGUGUCACACAAAGACCUGUGUGUUCAGUAAGAGGAAGUAAAAUUGGGGGCUCUCCUAAGGCA